GAUGACGUCACCAGCGCGUGCCCCGUAGCCCGUAGUAACCCCGAGUCUGCGGAAGUGGACACCCUUGGGCAGGCAGCUGAGACAGGGGACUGAAGGCUGUGGAACCAUAAUUUGUGAAUCAGGGGGUUUUGUGUGGUUUUUUUGGACAGACAGCCGUUUACAAUUCCGAAUGAGUAAGGCAGAUAGGAAGCCCCUUCUGAGAGUUUAACAAAGCUCUCAACAACCCACACCAUGGACAUAAAGCUGGACCCUUCUCGAGAUGACCUGCCUCUCAUGGCCAACACCAGCCACAUACUUGUGAAGCAUUAUGUACUGGAUUUAGAUGUGGAUUUUGAAAGUCAAAUCAUCGAUGGCACCUUAGUGCUUUUCUUAGAGUCUGGAAACAGAUCCAGGAAGAAGAGUGGUUCCACCGAGGAAGCCUGCCGAUCGGAGUCAAAUGAAGCCUGCAGAUUUAGGAAGCCGGAACCCUGCCACGUUCCUGUGGCAGAUACAAGGACCUCCUGGUCUCAAAUGGGAUACAGUGAUUUUGCAAUUUGUGGUAAAGGUGAAAGAGAUACUUCUGGUAAAGAUGGUAACCAUGACAACCAGGAACAGACUUAUGGGAUUUCUAGCUCGAAGCACUGCUGUGACACAGGGAAUCAUGGGAGUGAGGAUUUUUUGCUGGUGUUGGACUGCUGUGAUUUAUCUGUGUUAAGGGUUGAGGAGGUGGAUGUUGCUGCUGUGCCAGGUAUUGAAAAAUUUACAAGGUCUCCCAAGCUCACGGUUGUUUCUGAGCUCAGGAAUCAGAUUGUACGUGAACUUGUGACUCUGCCUGCAGAUCGUUGGAGGGAGCAGUUAGACUAUUAUGCUCGGUGCAGCCUGGCUCCUGGCUGUGGGGAACUCCUGUUUGACACUGACACGUGGAGCUUGCAGAUCAGGAAGACAGGGGCUCAGACAGCUACGGCUUUUCCUCAUGCCAUAAGGAUACGGUACAGAACCAAACCCCAGGGGCGAUCAGUCACAUGGACCUCAGACCAGAGUGGCAGGCCAUGUGUUUAUACGAUGGGAUCUCCCAUAAACAACAGGGCCCUUUUUCCAUGCCAGGAGCCCCCCGUUGCCAUGUCAACAUGGCAGGCCACAGUCCGAGCAGCUGCAUCUUUUGUUGUUUUAAUGAGUGGGGAAAAUUCUGCCAAGCCAACACAGCUUCGGGAAGGGUGCUCAAGCUGGCAUUACUACGUAACCAUGCCAAUGCCAGCCUCCACCUUCACAAUUGCGGUGGGACCCUGGACAGAAGUGAAGCCCGAGACCUGCUCGCCAAGUGACCUGGCAGCAGAGAGGUCCCUCUCGCCAUCCGAGGCUGACUUUAGGUGUGCUGGCGUCUGUGGCCACAUGGAAUACCCCUGCCGCUUCCAGGAUCCGUCCGCCACAACCCAGGAGAUCAUUCCUCAUCGGGUGUUCGCCCCCGAGAGCCUCGCAGGUGCCUGCCAGGAGACCCUUCUGCAGCUGCUCUCUCCUUGCCUCUCAGCAGCGCACGCUGUGCUGGGGACACACCCAUUCUCCAGGCUGGAUGUGCUCAUCGUUCCUGCCAACUUUCCAAGCCUGGGGAUGGCCAGCCCACACAUCGUCUUCCUCUCUCAGAGCACCCUGGCCGGAGGGAGCCACCUCUGUGGGACCCGGCUCUGCCAUGAAAUUGCUCACGCCUGGUUUGGCCUGGCCAUCGGGGCCCGCGACUGGACGGAGGAGUGGCUGAGUGAAGGGUUUGCCACUCACUUGGAAGAUGUAUUCUGGGCCAAAGCACAGCAGCUGGCCCCCCACGAGGCCCAGGAGCAGCAGGAGCUGCGGGCAAGCCUGCGCUGGCGGCGCCUCCAGGACGAGUCGCGGAACUCCCCGGAGCAGCUGCAGGUGCUGAGACCCAAUAAAGAGAAAACUGGCCAUGUGAGUGACUCAGGAUCGUCUGUCAUUAAGCAUGGGCUCAAUCCAGAGAAGGUCUUCAUGCAGGUUCAUUAUUUAAAGGGUUAUUUCCUUCUCCGGUUCCUUGCCAGAAGACUUGGAGAUGACACCUAUUUUUCCUUUUUAAGAAAAUUUGUGCAUACAUUUCAUGGGCAGCUGAUUCUUUCCCAGGAUUUCCUUCAAAUGCUGUUGGAGAACAUCCCAGAAGAAAAAAGGCUGGGUUUGUCUGUGGAAAGCAUCUUCCGAGACUGGCUGGAGCGCCCGGGACUUCCCCAGAUUGUGUCUUCAUUGGGUACUUUUGGGAGGCCACAUCACAGCGGGGACGGGCGGCGCUCGGGACCGGGGUCCCGUUUCCAAUGCUCUGUGGUUUUUGCAUUUCAGGUCGCGAAAUGGAAGCGAGUGAACCGGAGACCCCGAAAACGGAAGCGAAGAGGGACCGAAGAAGCGUUUGAAAAGCUCCUUCCAGACCAGCUGGUCUUGCUUCUGGAGCAUCUGUUGGAGCAGAAGACCCUGAACCCCAGAACUCUGCGAAGCCUUGAAAGGACAUACCGCCUCUCCCAGCAGGAUGCAGAGGUUCGCCAUCGGUGGUGUGAACUCGUUGUCAAGCACAAAUACACAACAGCGUACAAAACCGUGGAGAGGUUCCUUCAGGAGGACCAGGCCAUGGGCAUCUACCUCUACGGGGAGCUGAUGGUGAGCGAGGACGCCCGGCAGCAGCAGCUCGCCCGCCAGUGCUUCCAGCUGACCAAGGAGCAGAUGGACAGAUGCUCAGCCCAGGUGGUGGCCGAGAUGCUGUUUUAAAGAGGAAAGAUCACAGUGAGAUUCCUUCUCAUAAGCUCCUAGUAGCCCUGGUGGGACCAGGAUGGCGCUGACCCGGACAUCAGAGGAAGGCGACAGGGCUGCUGGGCCAUCAGCGACAUCGGCGUCCACGUCUGGAGCUGCUUUCCCGCGGCUGCUCGCAGCAGAGCACACGUGAAAGGCCCAUCCUCAGGAAGGGUCACCUCGUCCCCACCCGAAUGUGCCGCCUCCACACACUGAAUGCGCACGGGGCCAGCGUGUACGCAGUCCUCCCCUGAACCGUUGAAGAACCUGGGGCCGCGGAAGGUCCCCUCGGUGUGCGGCUGGAGGGUCAGGUUUCUGUGCGGGAGCCAGUGAGCUCCGCUCCAUGGGCUUCUCUGGCUCAUUUCAGGAACUUCUGCAGAAUUUUGGUCGAUAGUUCCGUUAUUUAGAUAUUUGCCAAAAUUGUAGUGCCUUUUGGUAAAAGUACGGGAUAAGAAUCUAAGAUGUAUUUAAUAAUAAAAUGUAAUGGAUUAAUGUUUUUGUA